AGGAGUAUUUGUCAUAGUACCUGGAGGACCUUAUCUUUCUCCUCCAGUUCUGUUUCGGGACAGGACACCGUAUGGACUUUGUAGUGGGAGUUUGUGGCGCCGCUUCACUCUUAGAAUAGACUCGAAGCCCCAAACAUGCUGAAGAAUAACGGCAAGAAGGCGGCUGUGUCCGCAGCCUGCACGCUGGGGCUCUGCCUGCUGCUGCUCGCGCUCGUCCUGCAGCAUGAGCAUCCGCGCGCUCAGGUGCCCGAGCAGGUGAGCCAGGAGGACGUCACCGGCGCGCGCUCCGAGGAGCAGGCGCGGGCCGGGAGCGAGAAGAAAGGCUUCUCGGCGUAUUUCAGCACACUGACCCGAGCCAGGAGGGAGGUGGCGAAGCCGGCGGGUUCCUCCAGCGCACCGCCGGCAUCAGGGGACCCCCCUCCUGCUGAGGACAUCAGCGUGGAUGACGUCUUCAUCGCGGUGAAGACUACCAAGAAGUUCCACCAGUCCAGGUUGAAGCUGCUCCUGGACACGUGGAUCUCUAGGAACGCACAGCAGACGUACGUUUUCACCGAUGGAGAGGAUGAGGAGCUGAAGAAGAAAAUUGGGGGUCAUGCAGUCAACACCAACUGCUCCGCAGCUCACAGCCGGCAGGCCCUGUCCUGCAAGAUGGCGGUUGAAUACGACAAAUUCAUCGAAUCAGGAAAAAAGUGGUUCUGCCAUGUAGACGAUGACAACUAUGUGAACGUUCGGGCUCUGGUGAAGCAUCUGUCUCAGUACCAGCACACCCAGGACAUGUACAUCGGUAAACCCAGUCUGGACCGGCCCAUAGAGGCCACAGAGAGGCUGGGGGACAAUAAAAUGAAACCGGUCAACUUCUGGUUUGCAACGGGAGGGGCAGGUUUCUGUGUGAGCCGAGGUCUGGCACUGAAGAUGAGUCCGUGGGCCAGUGGAGGUCACUUUAUGAACACGGCGGAGAAGAUCCGACUUCCCGAUGACUGCACCAUCGGCUACAUUGUCGAGUCAGUCCUCGGCGUCCGUCUGACCCGCAGCAACCUGUUCCACUCCCACCUGGAAAACCUCCAGCAAGUGACUAGAUCAGAGAUUCCCAAACAGAUUACCCUCAGUUAUGGGAUGUUUGAAAACAAAAGUAACAUCAUCAGUUUGAAAGGGGCUUUUUCUGUGGAGGACGAUCCAUCGAGGUUCAAGUCUGUGCACUGUCUCCUGUACCCAGACACUCCUUGGUGUCCCCCCCAGGUUGCCUUCUAGGGCGACCGCUCCUUCCUCAUCCUCGUCCCUGUCGCGCCUCGGUAUCUGAAAGGCACGCAGGGACCAGCGUUUUGUAUUGGACCGAGUGGCUGCUGCGUUCUUCCUGCAGUGGCGUGCGGUCUUUAUUGGUUUUACUGGGCUGCUGUGCGGCCCGCCUCGGGACUUUUCCUUCCUGUCUGAAGCCGAAACGUCGUCCCGUCAUCUUGGGGCGGAAGAUUCUGGCUUUUUGGGGAGGAAGUUGCUUUCAACGUUGAGCUUUUGCAAGCAAUCAGUUGAACUUUGUGAUGUAUAUGUUGCUUGUAAAUGUACCUGCAAUUCUCAUAGAAUGUAUCAACAUUUAUUCACGCUUUUUUGCCAGCUUUACAUUAACUUUAGCUUUUAAAAACGCAAAGCCGCUCAGGUUUUGCUCCUUCAUUUAUUUGCAUUUAGCUUUUUUAACGCCGAGGACUCCGGAUAAAUGCUCUAAUAUGAAGACGUUGCUGCAUUUUAAGUGAACAGUGUUUCUCUCAUUACCUGAGCUGGCUUAUGGCCGAUUUCCAAAUGCAUUCUUUGGGGUCUUACUCUGAAGUUUACCAUGGCAAAGCACUUUUUUUUCCUUUUUGAAUCUUUUACGGUGAAACAAAGCUGUUUACAUCUUUUAGUGACUUGCUUCAGAUUUGCAUCAAAACUAACGAAAUAACCCCUCAAAAUAGAAUUUCCUCCUUAUUUUUAUGUAUUUAAAAACACUCCUUGCAUUUGUUACAAUCAGGGAAAUGUUGUAAGUGGAAAAAGAUUUUGUUUUGAGGGUUGCAAUCAGUCUUCUUGUUAAAAAAAAAGAAAAUAUUGCACAUUUGUGUGAGAAAUGAGCUGAUGCACAUCUCGCCUCUGAAAAAUCACUGGCUUUUUUGUGUGUUUUUUUGAGUAUUUCAUGUAUUUUGACACCUAAAAGCAGUGAGGGCAGAGCGGUUUGUGAUGGCGGGGCAGCAGUAACAGCCACAUGUGUAAUCUGAGCUGCAGUCCAAGUUUGCACAAAAGACUAGGAGCUCCUCUGUUGUUAUCAUCAACAUUAUUGUGUGGUAUUUACACAUAAUAUUGGCUGGUUACUGUUGAUGCCUGUGAGGCGAGAGCAGCAUCAGUCAUUUCACACAGAGGCGUUCAUUACCUCUGUUUUCUAUUACCCAUGUUGGGUUAACCUCUAUAUCUUAAUUGCAGUAUUGUGUACUGCUACUUUGUGUAGUUAAGUAGUCCCUGUAUAUGCUUAGACUUUUUCUGUUGUGGGUUGCACCCACUUUUUUAACAACCCGGACAUUUAUUUUAAAAUAUUGUAUUGUGCUGAGGAACUGUGGCGAUUAUUCUCCAGUAUCUGGAGUGUUUCAAUGGUUUUCUGUCCUAAUACUGGCUUCUCAGGGAUUAUAUGAGCUGAUCCUGGUAGUAACUACCGUGGGACCCGACGGUGGUGACUGAGAACUCUGAAUAAAAUACAUAACCACUGAGAAAUUUCCCAAAA